GCUUUUUUCAACGAUUGUUUAUAACAAUGUUAUGCAACAAUCGGCAGUAAUUUGCUCAUUAGCGACGCUGGCUGCACACGGUAAGGACCGCGAUGCUGACGUCACCGACGCACGCCCUAGCCCCUGUUCGAGCGUGCAGCUGGAUCCAGGGGAUUUUUUUAGCAAAAAUCUGCCAAAAUUUUCCAGAACAACUGGGCGUUGCAAGAGCGGCGUUGCCACAGCCGCCCUCAAAAAAUGACAGUCCUGUAGCAAUUUGACUGACGUGUGUGAAAUUUCCGUGUAAUGUUUGGGAAAAUAUUGCCAAUUUCGCCGUUCGCCAAGUGGGGCCCCAGCGGGGCGCAGCUACGCAAAUGAAGCUCGUCCAUCGAGACAUCGACAAGGGCCAGGGGGCAGUCACCCUGGUGCCGGAGGAGCCCGAGGACAUGUGGCACGCCUACAACCUGAUCGCCGAGGGCGAUUCGGUGAAAAGCUCCACGAUCCGCAAAGUGCAAAUCGAGUCGGCCACCGGAUCGUCCACGUCCAGCAGAGUCCGCACGACGCUCACCAUCACAGUGGAGACCAUCGACUUUGACACGCAGGCCUGCAUGCUGCGGCUCAAGGGGCGCAACAUCGAGGAGAACCAGCAUGUCAAGAUGGGCGCCUACCACACGCUCGACCUGGAGCUGAACCGCAAGUUCAGCCUGCGCAAGGUGGAGUGGGACUCCAUAGCGCUGGAGCGCAUCGAGCAGGCCUGCGACCCCACCAAGUCGGCGGACGUGGCCGCCGUCAUCAUGCAAGAGGGGCUGGCCCAUGUGUGUCUCAUCACCUCGAGCAUGACCCUCAUCAGGGCCAAGAUCGACGUCACCAUCCCGCGCAAGCGCAAGGGGCUGGUGCAGCAGCACGAAAAGGGCCUGGCCAAGUUCUACGAGCAGGUGAUGCAGGCGAUUCUGCGCCACGUCAACUUCGAUGUGGUCAAGUGUGUGCUGGUGGCGUCGCCCGGCUUCGUGCGCGACCAGUUCUUCGACUACAUGCUGCAGGCGGCCGUCAAGACCGACAACAAACUGCUGCUGGACAACAAGACGAAGUUCAUGCUGGUGCACGCCUCCUCCGGCUUCAAGCACUCGCUGAAGGAGGUGCUGCAGGACGCAGCCGUGAUGAGCAAAAUCUCCGACACCAAGGCGGCCAGCGAGGUGAAGGCGCUGCAGCAGUUCUACGCCGUGCUGCAGGCGGAGCCGGCCAAGGCCUUCUACGGGAAGGGGCACGUGCAGCGCGCCAACGAGGCGCAGGCCAUCGAGAGCCUGCUGAUCUCCGACAGGCUGUUCAGGUGCGACGACGUCAAGCAGCGCAAGGAGUACGUGGCGUUGGUGGAUGCGGUGCGCGAGGCUGGCGGGGAGGUGCGCAUGUUCUCCAGCAUGCAUCUGUCGGGCGAGCAGCUGGAGCAGCUGACGGGCAUCGCCGCCAUUCUGCGCUUCCCCAUGCCCGAGCUGGAGGAGGAGGAGGAGGACGAGGCGGAGCAGGAGUAGCCAGAGAGGUUGGUACUAACUAGUUAAUUUAUUGGCGUGUAAAGUGUAAAACAAUAAAAGUGGGUCAGUCCUGCUGCGGCUGCUGCUGCUGCUGGUCGUGCAGGCGCCUUUUCUUGCGCAA